GAAAAAGAAUUCGUGUCUUGAUGUUAACUCUGUCUAAAGAAAGAUUUGAAAGCAUUCAAAGAGAAGCAGACAAGGAAUUGCAGGGUUAUUUGGUACAAGUCACCAAGUAUCAAGCAGCCCAAAAUUGUAAGACAUGGAUAGUUGGUAAAUGGAUUACCCCGAGAGAACAAAGAUGGGCACCACCUGGAACUCAUUUCCAUCAAUUUGUUGUGCCACCAAUCUUUGCCGUACGGAGAAACUGUACCUACAGUGCUUUAGCAGCUAUGAAACUACCAGAGGAUGUGGAGGGUUUAGGAACAUGCGAGUACACAAUGAGGAGAGGAAUCGUACAUGCAUGUCAUGCAGGUGGAGUGGUUCAUAGUCUAGAAGGAUGGACGCAUCACGAAGUUGGAGCUAUUGAUGUUGAUAGAAUUGAUUUGGUUUGGGAGGCUGCCAUGAAACAUGGUUUAAAGCCUGUUUAGUCGUUCUCUGUAUUGU